ACGUAUUCAAUACUUUUAAGUGUUGAAUCUUACAUAAUUUUUCUCCCUCACUGUUUGAUUGUAAAAUGGUGAGUUCUGACACGUGUUUGUUGAUGGGAAUUGUUUUCUCCUAUUCGGCCUUGCAAUAUUUUCCGUGCUUGAGCUGUAUUUUUGUUCUUCUGGUCUUCUCACAUGGCAAAUUAUCAUUGUUCAAUUUGCUAGAAUUGGUGUUUUAUUAGUUUAAUGUGUUUUGAGUGUGUGUGUGUGGGUGGGAGGGGGGAUGAUUUUUUUUCUUUUCGAAUUCUAUAGAAUUCUAUAUUCAUAAUAGGGACAGUGGCUUGUACUUUAUUUGGUUUAUGAUUUUUUAUUUUUUAUUUUAUUUUAUUUUUUUCUCUAUUAUCAUGUUAUACAGAAUGUCGUUGAUGUUGGCGAAGGCAAGCCAAGUUUUGAGCAGGGAAGUAGUGCUUUGGAACACUGGCUUGAUUAGGAGAUUUAUGUCUGGUUCAAGUAGGGCUGUUGUUGAUUCUGCUGCUAAAGAUGGGGAGCUCAGAGUGUUUGUAGUUGCUGGCGAGGUUUCUGGGGAUAUAAUAGGUGCGCGCCUAAUGACUUCAUUGAAGAGGUUAUCACCGUUUCCAGUCAAGUUUUCUGGUGUAGGUGGUUCAAUGAUGUCUCAACAUGGAUUGCGAUCUCUGUUUCCUAUGGAAGAUCUCGCUGUAAUGGGAAUUUGGGAAUUGUUGCCACAUCUUUAUAAGAUUAGAGUAAGGUUGAAGGAAACAGUGGAAGCUGCUUUCUUGUUUAAACCACAUGUUGUUGUAACAGUGGACGCAAAGGGUUUCUCUUUCCGUUUCCUCAAAGAGCUAAGAGCUUUCUAUAUUCUGCAACAUGUAGAUAGUCCUAUGCAUUUCCAUUAUGUUGCACCAUCAUUCUGGGCUUGGAGAGGUGGUGAAGCAAGACUCAAGGGCCUUUCUCAAUUUAUAGACCACAUUUUAUGUAUUUUGCCAUUUGAGGAAGAAGUUUGCAAGCUAAAUGGGUUAGCAGCGACUUUUGUGGGACAUCCUGUGCUGGAAGAUUGUUUGGAGCUGAAUUUAGGGGAAGACACUAUUGACUGGAAGAUUCACACAAAUAGUCAAGACUUCAGAAGUAAAUUUGAAAUUCCUUCAGGAGCCAAGGUUAUAACACUGCUUCCUGGUAGCAGAUUACAAGAGGUACAACGUAUGGUUCCAAUCUUCUUGAAGACCAUGGAGCUUUUGAAGGGCUCAUUUCCUGAGUUGAGAACAGUCAUGCUUGCCGCUUCUAAUCAGCACGUGGAAGAUUACCUUGUUAGAUUGAUCGACCAUUGGCCUGUGCCUGUCAUACUGAUUCCUGGGAGUUCAAUAGACCAAAAAUAUGAUGCAUUCAAUGCGAGCACGGCUGCAUUAUGCACUUCUGGAACUGUUGCUGUGGAGCUGCAACUUGCUAGAUUGCCAUGCCUUGUUGCUUACAGAGCCCAUAUCUUAACAGAAUGGUUAAUCCGGUACAAAGCCAAAGUGCCAUACGUAUCCCUUCCUAACAUCCUCUUGGACUCACCUGUCAUUCCUGAAGCUCUCUUCGACAAAUGUACUCCCAAAAAUUUGGCAUCUACUCUUACAAAACUAAUCCAAGACAAGGGCCUAAGAGAACAACAAAUCAAGUCUGCUGGAACUGUUAUCAGGCUUUUAAGUCCUCCGGCAAACAGUUAUCUACAAGAUGAAUCAGGAUAUACUUCACAACCUAGUAUGAUUGCUGCAUCUACUUUAUUGCAUUACAGAAGGUGCCAUUAGCUGUAAUAUUCAAAUCUACGUACUCUACCCCUAUAUAUCUGGUCCCUUUGUCGUUGUGUUCGAUUGAAAAGUUUCUGAUUUCUAUGGCUUUAAGCCUUUAUGCCUCUAUAAUAUUUCACUUUAAACGUCUCAUAGUAAUUUUUCUUUAGGGGUGUUUUCUUUGGUAAUUUCGCUUAAUAUCUUUUUUUUUUUUUUUUUUUUCUUUCUAUAAUUGCUGUUCAUUGUGACUCUCUAAACACAAAUAUGCAGGGUUAAUUAUUUUUUCCUUUUCGGCUUUCCCUCUUUUGUGCUCCUUGAUUUGCCAUUGUUCAUGCUUUUCUCUUCCAUUGUUAUAUUUGCCUCGAUAGGAAUUUGUGGUUAUUCUUAGAAAACUUUAUCCUAGAAUAUUAGUUCAUCAGCUAAAUAUCUAAUGGUAGAAAAAAAUGGCAUUUACCAAGAAAGCAAAUCAUCCCUUGGACCACAAAUUUUUUCCUUUCAAGUUGCCGUUGACUGUUCUCUAUAUAAUCUCCAACAUCAGCAAAUCAUCUGUUUCAUGUACAUGACAAUUUCCCCAUCUUACCAUCAACCAUAACCUGGCUUUACUUUCUGUCCUCAAAAAAGCAACAAAAUGGCGGCAACAAGAACAAUGGCUGUUCGCUUGGGAAUGAUCUUAGUUUGCUCGAUCUUGAUAAAUGUUAUCGAUGCUGAUCAAGUAGAUGCAGGGGUAGCAACACUGACUGUCGGUGAUCAUGCCAAUGGCAGAUUAUUAGGCGUUGCUAGAUCUUUAGAAGAAGAUGGUGAAUAUGAAACUCCCGAUACUGGUGAUGAUCCUAUUCCCAAGGGCAAUGUCAUGGGAUAUUAGAUCAUUACUACCAUUCCAAGGGACGUUGUCACAUAGUACCACUCCCUGAAAGUGAAUCCCAUCUUAGAGUGAAAAAAAAAAUGUAAUUAUAAUUUAAUUUUGUAUAGUUGGAAAAUACCAUUAUCCUAAAAUAUAAAAUUUAAAAGUGUUGAGGUGAAAUUUUAUGGUAGGUGAAUGCCACAAAUAUAAUUUGUUACAUCACCAUUUCAUGCAAGGUAGAAAUUUUCUUGCCACCUAGUUUAUAUGGCUAUGUAGUGCAUAGUUUUUCUUGUAUCUAUAAAUACUCAUGUAUUUUGUUGAGUAUGAGAUGACCUAGUUGUAUUUUUACUCUCAAAUAAAUAAAGCUUAC